ACAUUACUCUCUAGCUUUCUUCUCGCUAUUUUAGCCUUCUUUUAUCACUCUCUAGCAUAUUGAAGCACUUCAAGCUCUCACUCUUUAGCUUUGAUCUCACUCUUUUAGAAAGCUUUUCUUUCACUCUCUAGCACUGAACCACUUGAAGCCCACCCUCUCUUGCUUCCCUCUCGCUCUUUUAAGUCUUCCUUUCUCAAGCAUACUAAAGCACUUCAAGCUCACUCUCUAGCUUUCCUCUCGUUUUUCUAGCCUAUCUUUCACUCACUAGAAAGUUUUUCAUUCACUCUAGCAUUGAAGCACUUGAAGCCCACCCUCUCCAGCUUCCCUUUCACUCUUUUAGCCUUCCUUUUUCUCGCUAGUCACUACGAACAAAUGGCUGAAGCAAUCCUUUUCACCCUCUAAAAUACUGAAGCACUUCAAGCUCACUCUCUAGCAUUCCUCUCGUUCUUCUAUCCUUCCUUUCACUCAAUAGAAAGUUUUUCUUUUACUCUCUAGACUCUAGCACUGAACCACUUGAAGACCGCCCUCUCUUGCUUCCCUCUCGCUCUUUAAACCUUCCUUUCUCUCACUACAAAAAAAUGGCUGAAGCAAUCCUCUGCGGAGUUACACAGACCAUAAUUGAAAAUUUGGGCUCUGCGGCUUUUGAAAAGUUUGGACCACUGUGGAAUGUUAAAGAUGACAUUGAAAGCAUCAAGAACACAGUGUCCAGAAUACAAGCUGUCCUUCUGGAUGCAGUGGAGCAGCCGAACCGCAACCAUCAAGCCAGUGACUGGCUCGAAAAGCUCAAGGACGCUUUUUAUGAUGCAGACGACUUGUUGGGUGAGUAUAAGUUCCACAUUGAAUUAGCUUUGCAGCAAGAAGAGACUAGUGGGAAUACUGCGGGAAAGGUACGCAAUUUCUUUAGAAGUAUCCCACUUGUUUUUAGAAAUCGUAAGAUGAGUCUUAGAAUAAACGAAUUGAGGCAGAAUCUAAGUGCAAUGGCACAAGAUAGAAAUAACUUUCAUUUUAAUGAGGGCCAUGUGAAGCCUCAAGUGAGUCUGAACAGGGAGACUAUCCCAUGUUUACCAAAUAAAGAAGUUAUUGGGAGAGAUGAUGACAAAAAUGCCAUCAUAAAACUUUUAUUGGAGCCUAAUAAUGAUGAGAAUGUAUCCGUCAUUGCUAUUGUGGGAAUUGGGGGGUUAGGCAAGACCACACUUGCUCAAAAUGUAUACAAUCAUGAAAAAGUCAAUACACCUUUUGAGCUAAAAAUAUGGGUGUGCGUUUCAAAUGUCUUCGAGGUGACAACAAUUGCUAAAAAACUAAUAAAUGGUAUUGAUAAAGAUGACAGCGUGGAACUAAUGCGAAAGAAACGUCGUAAGCUUAAUCCGGAAGUCCUCAUGGGUCAAGUCCACAACAUGGAUCCAUUGAGGGAACUUGUUAACAAAAUUUAUCAAAAGAAAUUUUUACUUGUGUUGGAUGAUAUGUGGAAUGAAAAUUAUAAAAACUGGAAUGACUUUAAAAGCCUUUUAAUCGGUGGUGCAAAGGGAAGUAAGAUUGUAAUAACUACACGAGUCAAAUUGGUUGCAGAGAUUACACGUCCUGUUUCAACAUAUGCUCUUAAAGGCCUUUCUAAAGACCAUUCUUGGUCUUUAUUUGAGAAAAUAGCAUUUAGAAACAGGCAAGAGACCAACAACACUAAACUAGUAGAAAUUGGAAGGGAGAUUGUAGGCAAAUGUCAAGGAGUACCCCUUGCAAUAGAGUCCAUUGGAAAUGCAUUAUACUUUGAGAAAAAAGACGGGUGGUUAAAGAUCAAGGAUAAGGUACAAGAAAAUGUAAUUGAACAAGGGGGUGAUAAUGCCUUUUCAAUUCUAAGGUUGAGUUAUGAUCAUCUUCCAUCAUAUAUUAAAGGUUGUUUUGGCUUUUGUUCUUUGUUUCCUAAAUCUUACAAGAUUGAUAGGAUGACAUUGAUUCAACUAUGGAUGGCACAUGGGUUAAUCCAAGUGCUAAAUAAUAUGGAGCAAUUAGAAGAUGUUGCAGAUGAGUGCAUCAAGAAUCUACUUUGCAGGUCAUUUUUUUAUCCAGCAAUGCAUGAUUUUGAUGGGCAAGUCUUAACAUACAAGAUGCAUGAUUUAUUUCAUGAUCUUGCACUAUCAAUUGCAGGGGUAGACUGUAGACUUGACUAUUUGGAUGAAAAAACUCAUCACGUAUCAUUUUCUAGUAACUCAUCUUUUACUAAAACCUUAAGUUUGGUUAAAGCAAGCAUUAAGUUACGUACAAUUCUGUUCACACAUAGUGAGAAUGAAUCUAAUACCAUGGAUGAGUCAACAUUGAGUACACUAAUUGAGAGUUUCCCAAUGUUGCGUGCAUUAGAUUUACAUAAUUUGAAUAUUAAAAUAAUUCCAAAUUCCAUAGGGAAGUUAAUACAUUUGAGGUACUUAGAUUUUUCUUUUAAUCCUAUUGAAACUCUUCCUGAUUCUAUUGCUACAUUGUUGAAUUUGCAAACACUAAAACUUCAAGAAUGUCGUAAUCUUGAACAAUUGCCUAGAGACAUCACAAAAUUGAUUAGCCUCAGGCAUCUUGAUGAUAGGGGUUGUUUUAAGUUGAGAUUGCCUCAAGGCUUACAGAAACUGACUGGUCUUCAGUCAUUACCGUUAUUCAUUGUGAGGAAUAAUGGUGGACUAGGCGAAUUGAAUGGGCUAAACAACCUCAGAGAAACACUUAAGAUCCAAAUUUUAGAACAAUUGGAAGAUGCUAACUUAAAUUGCGAGGUCAAAUACUUAUGGGAAAAGCAACAUCUUAAGAAACUAGAAUUAAGAUGGACUCACAAAGAAAGACAUGAUGAGAUGUUAUUAGAUAGCCUCCAGCCACAUCCAAAUCUCAAAAUUUUGGAAGUGUAUGAUUACACUGGUGUGACAUUUUCAAGUUGGCUUCCUUCCAUCGAAAAUCUUGUUAAAAUCACUUUAAUUCGAUGUAACAGAUGCAACCACCUGCCACCAUUGUCUAAACUCCCAUUUCUAGAAAGCUUAUGGCUUGAUGGAAUGAAAGAUUUGGAAUGCAUAUCAGAUCGUGAUAUGAGUGAGGAAGUUUCUACUUUAUCCUUCUUCCCAUCGUUAAAAACUCUUUUGAUUUUGAAAUGCCCUAACUUAAAGGGAUGGUGGAGGAGCGCAUCAAUGACAGAUUAUCAACAACAUCAGCAUAACCGGUCACUGCCUUCAUUUCCUUGUCUUUCUUCUUUUUGUAUUAUUAAUUGUCCUAAUAUGACUUCCAUGCCCUUGUUUCCUUAUCUCGAAGAAUACCUGACUCUAAUUAUCGUUAGCUCAAAGUUUUUUCAAGAGACAAUACUUUCCUCUUCCUCCUCUUCUUCGUCCUCUCAUCUCUCCAAAUUAAAACAUAUGAGUAUAGAAAAUCUGCCAGAUGUUGUGUCUCUGCCAGAUGGGUGGGUAUCAAAUCUAAUUUCUCUCGAGAGUUUAUACAUUUUCUCUUGCAAGGAGUUAAAUCUAGGGAGUGACGUGGACGGAAAGGAAUGGCGACAUCUCAAUCGCCUCAUUCAUCUGAUCUUCUCCGGCCUUCCAAAACUGAAUUCCUUACCUAUAGGUCUUCAACACGUUACAACCCUGGAAACGCUCGAGAUUGAAAAUUGUGAGAAUCUGAAAACAUUGCCUCGGUGGAUUGGGAAUCUUAUCUCACUUAAAUGGCUUACAAUUGACAACUGUCUCAAUCUGAAAUCACUGCCUGAUGAGAUGCGCGAUCUCUCGUCUUUACAAACACUGUACAUUUACAAUUGUCCUGAGUUACAGAGAAGAUGCGAAAAGGAAACCGGUCAGGAUUGGGACAAGAUCGCACAUAUCACUGAGGUUGAUAUUCGAUGAACCAUCUGUGGAAUAUGGUGGCAAUAUGCCUCGCUUGGAUACUUUUAGGAUUUUGGAUGGUGGAGUACGAAAGAUGCAGAACAAAUUGGAAGCACAAAACAAAACUAGGCGUAAAUAUCUAAGCCUAUUCAAAACCUUUUUAAAUAACAUUUUGUCUCUAUUAUGAUCUUAUUUUCUACCAUAGUUUAAUGGUCUACAGCUUAACAUCAAUUUUUUUCUUGUGGUUGGAAGCAUACACAGUUUUAGUGGAAUUUCUUUGUACAUUGUGUUAUGUUCCCAUUGCUUGCUGUUACAAACUUGGGAAAAAUAUUUUUUUGGCCAUUUUGUCUCACAUCUUAUUUCCAAUUUGCUUCAAAGUCUUUACAUGAAAAAUGCCUUGCCCAAGCCUCAAGUCCUUAAUUUUUCCAAUAAACUUUGAAUAGCUGGGAGAGGGUAAUUCAAAUGGUAAUUCAUUUUCUUUUCUUCUUUGUUCUUCUUGUGUACUUAUGAUGAUUUCUCACUUGAUUUGAUCCUAGAUGAGGAACAAAUUGGAAGCACAAAACAAAACCUGGCAAAAAUAUCUGAUCCUAUUUAGAAUCUUUUAUAAAGAAUCUUUUGUCUACCAUAGUUUAAUGGUUUAGACUCGAGAGCUUAAAAUCAAUUUUUUUUUCAUGUACUAUUACAAACUUGGGGAAAAUAAUCUUUUUGGCCAUUUUGUCUCACUUGAAUAACUAAUUCAAGGCAAUAGCAUCAUCAUUGCAAUCAUUCUUGAUUGGCCUUUAGCAAUAUGCAUUUGAAAAAAAAUGAUCUGAACCUAAAAGGGUAGCUUGUAUGGACCUUUUAUAAUAACUCAUCACAGAUUGGUAAAUUGGGAUUACAAUGCUGAUAUCUUGUGUGUUAU